ACAGCAAACGUCGUUAACGACGGCACACAAGACGUUUGUAAGCGUUCGCAUCUGUUUACUUGGUUUUAGUACAGAAAUUAAAAUGUGUUUGUGUUUUUCCCAAGUCGUGAUUGAUUUGAACGAAGGAGAGAAAGAAGAAGAAGAAGAAGCAGUAGUAGCAGUAGCACAACCGUCAUACGAAUUGUCAAAGUUUUGUUGAUUUUUUCCGACGUUCGUUCGGGUGUUUCAAGACUUGCGCUUGCCAUUGAUGUUACUGUCAUAUACAGGCGCAAAAUUCCGUACAUGUAUUCCAGCACAUUGCAUGUGUGCUGGCCGCCAGACCUAGCUAGAAAAUUCCAUUCAUUUUGCGGCUAAAUAUAUGAGCCAAUCACAUCUUCCAUCCAACUCUGGACCAAUACAUGCAUUUUAAAUUUCAAGGAGUGUACAUCACUCGCAUUCACCUGGCUCAAAGCAAAGGGACGAGGAAAAAAAAACUGAAUAUUCCAUUUGUUAUAUAUUCAUAAUUUGCCCAUUGUGCUCGUGUUAUUUGUGUGCCAAAUUAAUUUUGUUUUGCUUAUCAAGAAGUUAAUAGUUUUAUUUUGUCAUUCCAUUGCGAAAAAAUAUCAACGAAUUUUUUUUUAUUGAAUUAAAUCUGUGCUUUGAAAAAGUCAUAUAGAAAUAUAACAACGAGAAUUACGUUGGAAAAAACAAUGAUUCACCUCGAAGCCACCUUUAAUCUCUCUAUAUUAUUGGCAUUAAUUUUGAUAAAGGGUACAAUAUAAUUGGAUUGAUAUCUGUUUGAAGCUGAUUUACCGCACCUGAUAUUAAUUCCAUUGGCCACGUUCUCAUACAUACGAACAACGGAUGAUCGAAAUUCUAAGCGAAUAUUGAAUAAUAUCAUAUCGCUCGCAAUUUUCGUUUUAUCACAUAUACCUACGUGAUUAAUACACAGAUAACAGAGAAUCAAAGUGUGAACCAUCGCUAAUUUGGAUCGAUAUACAGUUUGUCGUUUCAAUCAUUUUUCAUCAGUCUACUUUGAGCCUUCGUUGGUCAACGAUAAAAAAAUUAAAAUUCACACUAAACGACUUUUUUGUCGAGCGCAUUUAUCGUUUUGAGCCAAUUCAGUUCAGUUUUCUGUACCAUUUUUUACUCACUUUGACUGGUUGAAUUAACAUCAAAAAUCUAAAGUAAACAUGUUGUGGAUAUUUGUAUUAGCAUUUAUCAUGCCAAUUAGCCACGGCUCAAGCAUUUGUUGUGGUAACUUGGCUGAAGUCAAAUGGGCACAUGCAGUCAAUUCACAUGACGAACUUCAACAGGCUCUCACUAAUGACAAAGUUCAAAUGAUCGAAGCCGAUGUGGUUUUUGGAUAUCACGUACCCAAGCCUGAAACAACAAAACCAGACGAUAAUAAACCUGUGGGAGGUAAGCCAGAAGCAACUAAAGCAAAAGCAAAUGAAGGUGAUGGAAAACCAGCAUCACCAGCGGCUUCAGAAGGGUCAUCAGCCGGAUCCUCGACACCAGCCAAAAUUCCAAUCUUGGCACACCCACCAACGGACAAAUCUGAUUUAUCAUUGGAAGAAUUUCUGGAUGCAGUUGUUGCCUACAACAUGGACGCCCAAACGGCAAACAAAAGUGUGAAAGGUGUGAAACUUGAUUUCAAACAAAUCGAGGCCCUGAAAUCGGCAGUGCAAUCAUGGAAACCAAAAGACUUGAAACAUCUCUGGAUCAACGCGGAUAUCAUUACCGGUCCAGGCAAAGCGGCUGGCGAUGAAGUCAAUGCAAAGGAAUUCUUCGGUGCUGUCCUUGACGCAAAAGAAAACCUUGUCAACAAAACUCUCUCAAUUGGAUGGACCACUGAAUUGGGUAAAGACAAAAUCAGCUACAAUCAAACCUAUGUUGAUGCCAUGAAAAAAGCCAUCAAAGAAAGCGAAAUUCCAGUCGGUUAUCCAAUUACAUUCCCAGUUCGUGCCGCCAUCGCUGCCGAAAGCAAAGAUUCAUUGAAGAACUUGUUCGAUGAAGUCAGCAAGGAUAAACGUAAAGUCACCUUCACCAUCUGGUCGGGCAAAAACGAUACCGAUUUAGUUGAUAAGGAUAAAUUGCAAGACUUCAUCAAUACAUUCACUGUCAAAAAGGUGUAUGUUGACGUACCAGAAGAUUUGGAAUCGAAAUUGAAUUUGAAAAGUGGUGCGGCCACUUUUAUUAAAUUCGGUCUAUUCAAUUUGGUCGCUAUCGCUUUUGCUAUGUUCUUUAGAAAUGGCCUCUAUUAAAAUGUAGCAUAGUAUCAUCAGCGGUCUCUUCAUUGAGCCAAACAAUUCUAAGGAAUUUUUGAAAAUUUCAAAGAUAAAAAAAAAACGAAAAAAUUUAGAAGAAAAAAAAAGGUUCAAUUAUUGAAUUUAAGUUGGCACACAAAAACCAUUUUUAAAAUAAAGAGAAACAAUUCACAUAGAAAGUCUAUAGAUAGCAGUUAGUGCACUAAUCAAAAUAUACACACAUACACGAUUUUAGAAUGUUGUUGACAUAUUUAGUCGUAAAUGAAAAAUAAAAAUAAAAAAAAAGAAAAAAAAUUCAAAGAGAUGUCCUAAAAUGUGCCAUUCCUACUAGUACAAGAUUUUACCUCAACGAUAAAUUUUUAGAGUUAACAUGUUUUCACUUGUAGACCAGCAUUUAAUGAAAAAAAAGUAAUGAAUAAAUAAAAUGGAAUUCAAUCAAUUGAAA